GAAAUUUUCGUAUAUGUAUAAAUAUACACUCACUUUACCAACGUAGACUUCAUCAUUUCACCUUGACAUAAGAUUAGCUCCUCGUUAUAUGAAUAUCAUGCCUUCAAAUCAUACCAAAUUCUCAAGUUUGGUUUUGUUGUUUGUUUUUCUUUUUCUGAGAAAUGCAGAUUGUGGGCAAAUUGUGAGGACAUUGCCGGGAUAUACCGGUACUCUUCCUUUCAAACUUGAAACAGGAUAUGUGAGCGUGGGGGAUUCAGAGCUCUUCUACUUGUUUGUGGAGUCGCAAGGAAAUCCUGAAGUAGAUCCUGUUCUUUUUUAUGUAGUUGGAGGCCCUGGUUGUUCUGCUUUAAAUGGUUUUUUAUUCCAAACUGGUCCCCUACAGUUUAAUCAGACUGACUACACUGGUGGCUUGCCAUCAUUACAUUUGUAUCCCUACACAUGGACAAAGACUGCUAGUAUAGUUUUUGUAGAUUCACCUGUUGGCUCUGGUUAUUCCUAUGCAUCAACCGCUGCAGGUUACGUUCUCUCAGACUCGAAGUUUGCAAAUCAAACUUACAACUUUAUGAGAACUUGGUUGAAUGAACAUCCUCAAUACAUGCUAAACCGAGUUGUUCUUGCUACUGAUUCUUAUGCUGGUAUCGUUGCUCCAGUUGUCGUUCAAAAACUAUUGGAAGAUAAUAAAGCCGGAGUUGAGCCAUCAAUAAGUAUACUAGGAUACAUAAGUGGAUCGCCACAUUCAGAUCUUGACCUUGAAGACAAUGAUAAAAUACCACAGGCUCAUCAGCUGGGACUUAUAUCUAAAGCUAUUUACGAAUCAGCCAAAGACUAUUGCAACGGCUCUUAUGUUGAUCGGGUUACCACUACCAUCAGUGCGGAUUGCGAAGAGUAUUUGGAAAUAAUAGAUAAUUUACUGGAACAAAUAAAUACAGAAAUGGUGUUGGCUCCCAAGUGUGCGACAAUAGAACCAAAAUCAGAUAAUGAUAGAAGGAAGAGAAGAUUUUUGAACGAAAAUUCAAAACAUUAUCGCCUUCCACCUCGAGCAAAUGACUAUUGGUGCAAGGAUUUUGCUUAUCUACUCUCUACCAUAUGGGCAAACGAUAAAGGUGUUCAAAGUGCCCUGCAUGUCCGAGAGGCUAACUAUGAUAUUGAUAUUCGGAGUAAUUUUGACUAUCACAAAAAUCUUACAAAAACUGGCAUCCAAGUUUUACUUUAUGGUCCUGAUCAUGAUCUGGUUGUUCCACUUAUAUCAACCGAAUAUUGGUUAACUAAACUCAAUAUAACUUUGGAUGAAGAUUGGCGACCGUGGUUUGUUAGUGGUCAAGUUGCAGGGUACACAAUGAAGUAUUCAAAUUAUGGUUAUCGACUGACUUAUGCCACUUCAAAGGGAUCAGGUCACUCUCCUACUGAGUGGAAAGGUAGAGAAAGUUAUGAGAUGUUUGAAAGGUGGAUCCACUUUUAUCCACUUUAG